GCUGGGAGCGAAGGCCAUGCACCCCAAAAAGACGGCGGCGACGCUGCUGCUGCUGUUGGGCCUGGCUGCCGCCGCCCCCCCCGAAGUCCCCUCCCCCGCCGAUGCCUUCUCCAAGAUCCGGACCUUCUUGGGGGGCCUCAACCUUCAAGCGGCUCAAGAACGGAUCCAAGAUGCCUACACCAAGGGCUCGGAGGCGGUGAUGACCUACACCGGCAUCCUUGGGGAUCAGCUCUACCACUGGUGGCAGGGAGAGCAGUGACCACGCCCACCAAGAUGGCCGACACGGGGGGGACCCCCCACCCCACCCCACCCCAAUAAAGGAGAACCCCUCGUCAUGGAGAACGGGGUGGGGUUGGUCUUCUCGGGGGGUCUUCAUGGUCUUCUAAGGGGUUAUCGUGGUCAUCUUCGUCAUUAAAGGGGCGUUGGAGGUCAUGGUGGGGGUCUUGGGGGUCAUCGUGGAGGUCUUGG